ACGUUCAGUGCCACGUGUAUACGGUACACGCGAAUUUCUGUAAGAAAAUAUUUGGACACAUGGUCACGGAUGGUUACAGAUCAGAACAGAGAUGGCUUCUGUUCAGUGUACUAACCACUAAAAGGCAUGGAACAAUUCCAUGGUAUGAGUGAUGGGAAUAUAAAUAUUAGUGAUGUCAUUGAAGUCAUCCAAACUACCGAUCCUGGGUUUGUGGAGUCUACCGGAAGGGAGACUCUACCGCCAGUGGAAAUGAACACUGGACGGUUGUUGCCGUACGUCGAAAUAAUAGAGCAGCCAGCCAGCAAAGCUUUACGAUUUCGUUAUGAAUGCGAGGGUAGAUCUGCUGGCAGUAUACCUGGUGUAAACAGUACACCAGAAAAUAAAACUUUUCCUAGUAUAAGAAUAGUGGGAUACAAAGGCCGAGCUGUAGUUAUAGUAUCAUGUGUAACAAAAGAUCAACCGCACAGACCUCAUCCGCACAACUUAGUUGGAAAGGAGGCAUGCAAGAGAGGUGUUUGUACAGUAGAAGUAUCAUCAGAAAAUAUGACAGUCACAUUUGCAAAUCUUGGGAUUCAGUGUGUUAAGAAAAAGGACAUUGAAGAGGCGCUUAGAAUAAGGGAAGAGAUCCGUGUAGAUCCUUUUCGAACUGGCUUCGAACAUAAAAGACAGCCUACUAGCAUUGAUUUAAAUGCAGUGAGAUUAUGUUUCCAAGUUUUCCUAGAAGGAUCACAGAAAGGAAAAUUCAAUUUACCAUUACCACCAGUUGUAUCUGACCCUAUAUUUGAUAAAAAGGCAAUGUCAGAUCUUGUAAUAUGCAAGCUCAGUCAUUGUAGUGCUUCAGUUGCUGGUGGUAUGGAAAUGAUUUUACUGUGCGAAAAGGUUGCUAAAGAAGAUAUACAAGUUAGAUUUUUCGAAGAGAAGGACGGGCAAAUGGUGUGGGAAGGAUUUGGUGAUUUUCAACCUACUCAUGUACAUAAACAAACAGCAAUAGCGUUCAGAACACCCACGUACCGCAUACAGCAAGUGGAUCAACCGGUGCAAGUGUACAUUCAGCUCAAGAGACCAUCAGAUGGUGCAACGAGUGAACCGUUACCGUUUCAGAUGUUACCACUUGGUGCAGGUAGGCCUGCAUUCUGGUCUUUGCGGAAAGCAUUUGCUCGGAAGAAAACCGAUUAUAGUACAUUUGGUAAAAUAUUAGCCACCGAAUCUGCCUUACUCUCAAACGUUACACCCAGGUUUCCGCGUAAUAUCGACGAGUUCAAUAAUAACGACUUCGACAUCAAAAAGUCAACUAACAAAAUUUCCGCCCUACGCGCCUUGAACGAUCUGUAUAACGUAAAGAACACAUUAGACUCCUGUAACGGGAACACCGAGGUCAAUCAGAGUGCCGCACAAAAUGUAGGCCACCUAAAAAACACGAUAAUAGAUUACGAGAAUAACGAGGUACCCAACAGCUCUGAGAGUGCACAAAUAAACAAACUGUACAAAGUCGAUAGCCAUCGUAUGGAUAAGGAAACGAUCGAUACCAAUUCAGGAACUUUAAUUUCCACUAAGUCCGAUACCGUUAUCGAUAACGCGAACACGUUCAAAGAUUUAGAGUCCCCGAAAAGUAAGUCCGACUGGUUCGACUACUCGGAAGUAGGCAAGUGGGUGCAGAAAGGUCAGACAUCCCUGAAAGAGAAGGAUCAGGAUGUGGAUUUCAAAAGCGAGGCAGACGAUUGCAACAGAUCUUUCAAUGAACUGCUGACUCAAGUAGCCGAACUCGAUCAAAUUUAUGCCGAUACGCACGCGAAGCUGGUGCAGGCGGCUCUUGAGCAGAACACCGCCGAUCAAUCGAUGGACAUCGACGUUUGCGAUAAUCAAACAUACACUAGUCUACAGAUGGCCAUGAAGAAUCCCAUAGAGUUCGUGGAUCUACUGAACGACAGGAAGUACGAAGACGUAGCGAUACCAAAGCCAGAGCAUGCGAAUCACUCCUCUUUCUCGCCUCCGGUGACCACAAAAAGGGAUGGAACGCAGGAGACGGAGGAGAGACUGCCACCGUUGCCUCCGAAACGCAUCCGCAAAAUGCCUUCCAUGCCCCUUCUACCUCGCCCUAUAUCCGCUCACGUGAUGUCUGAACCUUUCGUCGAAGCGCCCAACAAGAAUUUACCUUCUCUGCCCGGCACGCUCACGAAAACCUCGAAGCAGGGACUCUUCUCGAAGUUAUUCGCGAAGAAGCUAAAGAAAGACAAAGACACCGUUUCGAAUACGUCCAAAGGCAGCAAUCCUUCGCUGAAUGCUUCAGGAAGCAUCACAUAUUUAGGGAAGAAUAGUAUACCGGAUUCCGCGCUGUUGCAGUGUCCAAGACCUAGCGCGAUAAGUACCACUAGCGUGAAGUCACUGAGAUUAGACGGCGACGAGACACCGCCUUAC